AUGAGUACCGACAUGACGGAGAAGGGCUCUAUCAACACCACAGUCCCUGAUAGGGACUCGACAGUUGGGGCUGAAUCGGAGCAAGAUGUCGAGGCGGGUGUUGAUAACCGCGAAACCACAGUCGAUGAGAAGGAUCCCGACGUCGUAGAUUGGGACGGACCAGACGAUCCAGAAAACCCGGCAAACUGGUCUGAUAAGAAGAAAUGGCUGAACAUCGCCAUCCUCUCUAUAAUGACCUUAGUAACUCCACUGGGCUCUUCAAUGUUUGCCCCUGGUAUUCCCGGCAUCAUGGUAGAAUUCCACGAGACCUCUUCCACCAUAGCUACUUUCCUCGUCUCGGUAUAUAUCCUAGGGUUUGCCUUCGGUCCGCUCGUCAUAGCGCCGUUGAGCGAGAUCUUUGGCCGUCGGCCCCUGUACAUCUACGGCAACAUCCUUUUCGUCAUCUUCUCCGUGGGCGCCGCCCUCAGCACCGGCACCGGAAUGUUGAUGGCUUUCCGAUUACUGAUGGGUCUUGCCGGUUCGGUGCCUAUAACCAUUGGAAGUGGCAGCAUUGCGGAUAUAAUGCCUGUCGAGAAGCGUGGAAGGGCUAUGUCUGCUUGGGCUUUGGGUCCCCUUCUUGGACCUUGUGUUGGUCCUAUCGCUGGUGGUUAUCUGAUCGAGGCUGCUGGGUGGAGAUGGGUGUAUUGGUUAAUCGUCAUUAUGGGCGGCAUCUUUAUUCCCCUCUCCUUUUUCUUCCUCCUGGAAACGUUCGGCCCUGUAUUAAUCGCGAAGAAAACUCGAAGGCUCCGCAAAGAGACCGGAAACCAAAACCUUCGCAGCAAAUUCGCAGGACGGCUAAGCCCCAAGGAACAGUUCAAACUAGCCAUUCUUCGUCCAAUGAAGCUCCUCCUACUAACACCCAUUGUCACUCUCAUGUCGCUAUACGUCGCCAUCACCUAUGGAAUUUUAUACCUUCUUAUCACGACAUUUUCCUUCGUCUAUACUGAGAAGUAUGGCUUCAGCGAGGGAGACAGUGGCUUGACCUUUCUUCCGGCCGGAAUCGGCAUGAUGAUUGGUGUUGUGGGUUUUGGACAACUCACCGACUUGAUGGUCCAGAGGAACAAUAAGAAGGGACUCGUCCAUAGGCCUGAAGUCCGUAUUGCGCCGGUGCUUACCAUCCCUUGCGGGAUCGCACUUCCUAUUGGCCUGUUCAUCUACGGAUGGACUACCAACUUUGGCGUACACUGGAUUGUUCCUAUGCUCGGUGUGCUCAUCUUCGCCGCGGGACUUAUGGGUGUCAUGUUCUGCGUCCAAAACUACCUUCUCGAUACAUACCCCCGCUACGCAGCAUCCGUCACCGCUGCGAUGACGGUCCUCCGAUCACUCCUCGGCGCCCUUCUUCCUCUUGGUGGGCUCGAAAUGUACAACGUAUUAGGCCUAGGAUGGGGCAACAGCCUUCUCGGGUUCAUCGCGCUCGCGCUCAUCCCGAUACCGGUCGUAUUUUUUAUAUUUGGCGAGCGUAUCCGCGGGAGAUUUAAUCCUAGCUUAUAA